AUGUGGCAUAAGCUGAAUUGUCUCCGUUUACUGUUGCGUUUACUGUUCCAUAAUAAAAAACCGUUUAGUUGCGCUGCUGUUACAAUUGGCGAUCCAGUGUUGCGUACCGGAAAGCCACUUUCUGUUGAACUUGGGCCUGGUAUUAUGGGUUCCAUUUUUGAUGGUAUCCAACGUCCACUGAAAGACAUCGCAGAUAUGACCCAGUCCAUCUACAUACCGAAAGGUGUAUCUACCAAAGCUCUAUCUCGUGACGCGCGAUGGGAUUUCACUGUUAACAAGAAUGUGUUCGUUGGAGCGCAUGUUACUGGUGGUGACGAAAUCGGAUCUGUGCAUGAAAACUUAUUGAUAAAGCACAAAAUCAUGCUUCCACCAAAUUCUUGCGGCACUGUGACUUACGUCGCUCCAUCCGGACAGUACACGGUCGAGGAUGUCCUCUUGGAAGUUGAAUUUGCCGGACGCAAGGAAAAGUUUACUAUGUUGCAAAUCUGGCCUGUGCGAAACCCUCGUCCAUGUGCGGAAAAGUUGGCUGCCAACAAUCCCCUUCUGUGUGGGCAGCGUGUUCUCGAUGCUCUCUUCCCGUGCGUUCAGGGAGGAACCACUGCUAUACCUGAGAGCGUCUGUAGGACAUUGAUGAGUUUAGGUGCUUUUGGCUGCGGUAAAACUGUCAUUUCUCAAUCUUUGUCAAAAUACUCUAACUCGGAUGCCAUCAUCUACGUAGGAUGUGGUGAGCGUGGAAACGAAAUGUCUGAGGUAACUUACGAUUAUCGACGCCUUACAGCAAACGUACUUCGAGAUUUCCCAGAACUCACGAUGGAGGUUGAUGGAGUUACCACAUCUAUCAUGAAGCGUACCGCUCUUGUCGCUAAUACCUCAAAUAUGCCAGUAGCUGCUCGUGAAGCUUCUAUCUACACUGGUAUUACUUUGGCCGAGUAUUUCCGUGACAUGGGCUUGAACGUAGCUAUGAUGGCUGACUCGACAUCUCGUUGGGCUGAAGCUCUUCGUGAAAUUUCUGGUGAGGAUUGA